UAACAUUAGAUUAGAGAUGAGGAAGCUGAUGCGAGUCCUGUCAUCACCACCGUCUAUAAAGAGGCUUUUGAGACGUCUGUUUCAGAGGAAGAGGAGGAUGACGAUGACAGUUGUCACUCUUCGUCCUCUGACACACUAACAUGCAGCAUUCCAGAGGACCCGGAGGAGACAUUAAAGGCUUCAGAGGAUGUUACUGAAAUUACAGUUCAAUCAGACUCUGAGAAUUUGCAUCCUGAGUUUCCUUCUGACAUGGAAACGAGCUCACAAAGAGCUGAAGCAGGAGCUCGACCUGUGAAGCCUGGCUGUGACACCAAUGACACUGGAUCUAAACAUGUUCAUGAAACUGGACUAAAAGCAAUGAAUUCCCAAGCCAAGGUUGUGGCAUUGAGUCCUGUAACUGGAGCGGUCGAGUCACAGUCACCAGUCCCUGCAGACGGUCCAGCAGCUGAAAAGUCUCCGGCUGCCGGUGCGUUAGAACAACAUGAAGCUCUCGCCUCUGAUCCACCUACAGAGUCCUCUCUGGCAGCGUUGGACACACGACUGAUUCCCACAAGACCUGUUACUCCCUUCGCGGCCGCUGCAUCAGUUGAGCUCAUCGAGGGAGGAGAUGAAGAGCGAUCCACAGCUCCUGAUAAUGACAUAGUGAUGGUGAAGGAGCAACUUGAAGCAUGCACCAGUUGUAGUAGACUGGAAGAAUCCCAAACAGAGUCCUCCAAUGUAGCAAUCAGCUCCGCUGAUCAUCUUGAGGAGCAACAGAGCUGGAGUCGACUUCUCACCCUGAUUUCUCAAAAGCUGAAUACUCUAAAACACCUUCAGGAGCAGCAUCACACACUGAUCAGCACAAGGGACGGAGGGAUCGAUAGAAGGGAGCUGGUACCAAGUGGAUCCGUUUGCGCUGUGGAGCGAACGCACAAGUCGGUCAUCGCGCUAAGACGCACGGUGAGCGCCGCGGGUCCUCGUUCAGCAGAGAGCGCGUACGAGGCUGUUCGGGGGCUUCUGCUCUGUCUGGACUCCGUGACCGACUUUGUCUCGGCUCCUCGUGCCGCUGGGGAAGAAGAUCGUGAGCUGAAGCUGCUGCAGCAGGAGUGUGUCCUCAAUGACCUGGCGUCUCUGUGGGAGCUGCUGCUGAAAACUGAAGCGGAGCUGCUGAGGGAGGGUGCAGACGCCGUCCACUGCGGGACCUGCCUCCAGGAUUGUCUUGCACCGCGCAGCUGCUCGUCUCCUCGUCCUACGGCCAGAAACACCACAGUCUCACAGAGGGGUUCCUCUCAGGGGUUUUCCUUCAACCAGCUGUGUAUUUUGGAAUCUUCCCAAGUCCAAAGUUUGCCCCAAGUCCAGAGCAGUGCGUCCUGGGCCGACAUCUGAGAGAUCGACCAGGGGAAAACGCCAGACUACAGCGAGCUUCCUGGUCCUUGCUUCAGGGGAUAAUUCGUCUCCUGGACCUGGGUGAAGAAUGCAAAACAGUGCAGAUGAGCCAGG